AUGAACGCCUCCCAGUAUCUCGACUUGCCGUACACGGUCGCAUCCCUUCACCGUCGGACCGAUCCGCAGUCGAUGGCAUUCCUUCAUCGCGGCCUGACGCAGGAUCAAGUUCUCGUGGCGCUGGCGCAUACCAUAUAUCAGCCCGUACCCAGUCGCAUGCGCGUCUAUCUCUGCGCCAACCAGUUCGAGGUGGUCCUCACACUCAUCGUCUGCGGGAUCAUGAUCAUCCAAAAGCGCAGCUAUAGCGACGUCUGGUUGAUAGCACGCCGUCGGUCCGCGUACGGAACGUUCUACGUCGCCAAUGCCCUUGUCACGCUGAUCAUCGCCGUCGCGUUGUACCUCUUCGCAUGGGGCAUCGCCUGCGUUUUUAACGUCACUUACAGCUUUGCAAAGCUGAGCGCGCUCGAAUGGUGGUGGUCCAUACCGCUCCCUUGGUACCCUCUGCUUGCUGGCUCGUACAUCAGCAUGCACGGCUUUAUCCUUGGGUGCAGUCCUGCAUCGCCCCUCUCUAUCAAUUCCGGCUCGAAUUCAUCCAAUGGCCGUCGAAAAUGGUACUUCCUCGGCGUACCCAAGUCCCCCUUGGUCGUCAACCUGGCACUCUUCGUUCCUCUUGUCGUAUUCACCAUCACCACUUUCACCUUGGUCGGCUUCUCUGGAACCAGCUACUAUCACGCCAAGCGACUCUCUCACCAGAGCCUGCCGGCAUCGUUUCACAGCCACCUCCAGGAGGCUGCUUUCGAGCCGCACCGCUUUGGCAACGACUCCACGCUGGCAAGCGACGAGCUCAUCUGGCAUGCACGUGUCGUAGCAGCGGCUUAUAUCGAAUCGCACCGAUACGUAUGCAUCAACCUGGCCUUCUUUGCGGCCAGCGCCAUUUUGCUGUGGAUCCCGUGUAUAGCGUACGGGACUCCAAACCUGCUCGUCCUGGUGGAACACGCUUGUUCGCGCUGCCCGGACCCGCUUCCGAGCACGUGCAACAGCUAUCUCCGCAAGCUCUGGUUCCUGGUCACCAAGGGUAAGCCGACGUCGGAGAAGAGCACGGUGCACCACAACCUGGCGACGUGGAAGAUGACGUUCCUGGCGCACAUUUACGUCUGGAUCCUCAUCUUCUGCGUUCCUGCUUAUGCGUGGAUUCCGAUGUAUAUUGUCGGUACUGCCUAUCCGCACGUGGCGCUGACGGGCGAUAUCGUCCUCACCUGGCAGGUGGCCAUCUACGCGGCGAGCGUCGUCACCACCAUCUCGUGCACUUCGAUCGCCAUCUUCUCCACCGUGGCCACCUUGGAUCCGGUCUUCCGCGCUGCUAUCGGCUUCAACGUGAUCCGCAACAACCAGCCGCCCAUCGACAUUACCGUUACGCAGCGCAAGAGCGUGCACGAAGAUAUUAGUCCACCUUUCGCCACCGUCGCGGGCGAGAACCCGCAGGCCUACUCGUUCAAGGAGAUCCUCGGCUCUCGCGAUUCGCGCACGGUCGGCCUCAAGCCGUCAGCAAGCACCUUUCGCAGCCUCAACGUCUCGUCGGAUCCACCGGCGUACCCGUACAGCAGCGAUUCGGCCAUCUCUCAGCCCGAAAUCCACGUCGACUAUUAUCCUGGCAGCCACUCGCCUGCCUAA